AUGGAUUCAUUACAAACCCGUGACUUCGCUCUCGGACAAUUCUCCGAUAGAAUUCGUCAUUCCGUUAAGUCUUCGCGUACGCAUAGAAAUACGCCGGGCGAUUCCUCGGGACAUACUGCGGGCGCAUCUGCCGUGGCCACUAUAGGCCCCGUAAAUCAUUUACUUCAUUCCAUGUUCAAUCAGAUCGACGUGUACUUCAACCAAAAGCUCGUGUCGCCAAACAACGCUUACGCGUACCGCGCGUACAUCGAGGCGUUAUUAAAUUAUUCUUCACCCGCAAAAACUUCCCAUCUAACCUCCUGUCUAUGGGACGCGGAUACACCCGGUCAAAUGGACGAACCGGUGGAAUCAAAAUCGCCAAAUUCCGCCCUCAAGAGACGCGCGCGUUACAUUUACGGCGGGCGAGCGCUAGAUCUUGUAGGGCAUCUCCAUUGCGAGGUUUUCAAUCAAGACAAAUUUUUAAUUAACGGUGUAGAAGUACGCUUGAGGCUCGUCCGUUCGAAAGAUUCGUUCUGUCUUAUGGACAGUAACGGUUCAUCAUCGAAAAUUCAUAUACUGGAUGCGAGCUUACUCGUGAGAAGGGCGAAAAUAAACGCAGAAUUGUUACUAGCGCACGCUAGAAUGUUGAGUAAAGUUACGGCCAAAUAUCCGCUCACGAGAGUCGAAGUUAAAACAUUUACGAUUCACAGUGGUGUUAUGGGUGAAUCUAGGCCGUUACAACCGGUUUUCUCGCCGGAGGAACCGCUUUACGUCGAAGCUUAUCAAACUCUCUUCGCGGGAACGGGCAUCCAUUUUUUGAACGAAGGAAAUUCUAUAAGUAGAGACGAUUAUUCCAAGGGAUAUACGUUAUUCGCUUUUGAUCUCACGCCCGAUCUGUCUGCUAAUUACGCAGGGCAUUGGAAUCUCGUAAGACAUGGUAGUUUGCGAUUAGAAGUGCGAUUCGAGAAGGCUCUCACGGAAACUGUUAAUUGUAUUAUUUACGCCGAAUUCGAUAAUGUAAUGGAAAUCGACUCGUCUCGUCAAGUCAUCGUCGAUUUUGCCGGCUAG